UCCAAAGCAGACCUGGCUGCCCACAUGCCGAUCGAAUUCGUGUGCAAGAUCAAGUUUGCCGAGGAGGACGAGAAGCAGAAGAAGGGCAAAAAGCAGCAGGAUGGGGACAGGGAGAGCCUGAUCGAGGAAAGCUGCAGCCCUCCAGCCAAAGACCUGGCUGGGUUCGCCAACUCCUGCUCCCUCCACGGGAUUAACCACAUUUUUGUUUCUGGACGGCUGGGGGUCCGGCAGACCCUCUGGGCUUUGGCCUUUCUGGCAUCCCUGGCGCUGUUCCUCUACCAGGCGGCCAAGUGCGCCAUCUCUUACCUGGAGCAUCCCCACGUCACGGCACUGAAUGAGGAAGCCAGCCCGGAGAUGGUCUUCCCGGCCGUCACCAUCUGCAACAUCAACCGCUUCCGCUUCUCCGCCCUCACGGACGCCGACAUCUACCACCUGGCCAACCUGACGGGCCUGCCGCCCAAAAACAAAGACGGACACAAGCCAACGGACCUGGAGUACCCAGCGCCGGACAUGCAGGACAUUUUCAACCGCACCGGCCACCAGCUGGAGGAGAUGCUCAAGAGCUGCAACUUCAGCGGACAGAACUGCUCGGCCGAGGACUUCACUGUGGUUUAUACGAGAUAUGGGAAAUGCUACACAUUCAAUGGGAACAAGACGACGUCCAGGAAGACGAAGCAGGGAGGCAUGGGGAACGGCCUGGAGAUCAUGCUGGACAUCCAACAGGACGAGUACCUGCCCAUCUGGAGAGAGACAAAUGAGACGUCUCUGGAGGCUGGUAUUCGUGUUCAGAUCCACAGUCAGGACGAGCCCCCCUACAUCCACCAGCUCGGCUUCGGGGUUUCGCCUGGAUUUCAGACGUUUGUGUCAUGUCAGGAGCAGAGGCUGACCUACCUGCCCCAGCCAUGGGGAAACUGUCGCUCCUCCACUGAGCAGAUAAUUCCGGGUUACGACACCUACAGCAUCAGCGCCUGCCGUCUGCACUGCGAGACGCGAGUGGUUCUGCAGGAGUGUCACUGCAGGAUGGUCCACAUGCCAGGAAAUGCUGAUAUCUGCACCCCCAACAAAAUCAAGUGUGUGGACAGAGCGCUGGCUCUGUUACAGAAGAGUUCGGGGGACUCGUGUCCGUGUGAAACUCCCUGUAAUCUGACCCGCUACGGUAAAGAACUGUCCAUGGUGAAGAUUCCCAGUAAAGGAUCGGCUCGUUACCUGAGCAGGAAAUACCACAAAUCAGAGGAUUACAUCAGAGAUAAUUUCCUCGUCCUGGAUAUUUUCUUCGAAGCUCUAAACUAUGAAACGAUAGAGCAGAAGAAAGCUUAUGAUGUCGCAGGAUUGUUAGGUGACAUUGGUGGGCAGAUGGGGCUGUUUAUAGGAGCCAGUAUUCUCACGGUGCUGGAGAUCCUCGACUAUAUUUAUGAGGUAAUUAAGCACAGGUUGCAGCGUUUGUUGAAACCUCAGAAGGAGCAGAAGCCAGAGCCUCAGCAGAAACAGCCCCCAGCCAGCACUGUAGCUACGGUCAACCUGGAGGACAUGAAGGCUAAGGAUGGCAGUGAACGGGGACACAGCGAGGGAGCCUACGCUAACACCAUCCUACCAAACCAUCACCACCAUCUCCAUCUGCACCACAGCCGCCACACGCCCUUCGAGGACUUCGCCUGCUAGGGUUCCGCCAAUGGCCACAUCUGGACCAGAGUGGACCCUGUUUCCUCUCUCUCUCUUUCUCUCUCUCAGCAGAAACUCAGAUCUCAGUGCUAUCUCCCCUCUCGCUGCCACCAGUGAAAGCUACAGCCAAAGAACUCCUAAAUCUGUGCUUGAGACAGACUGUUUAUGUGCGCGUGUGUUCAGGCAUGGGCUGGACGCCGCGUUCCCUGUCCAGAAGGAGCCUCUUGACCUCCUCAUUCUCCUCUUACUCCUCCUGCUCCACUUCUCCCUGGUCACUCCACCGUUUCUACACUGACUGUUUUAUUGGGGCCUCUAUAUGAAACGAAUGCAGUGGACUUCAGCAGGCCCAGUCUGUGCUCCUGAUCAGGUUUAAGCACCAAGUCUUUCGCUCUGGACCUCAGUCUGCGGAAAGUUUUACUCGUUUGAGUACGAAUCAUCUGUAAAAUAACGUCACUGAGAUACACAUACAACUGUAAAUGAUGUAUUUGAGUAAUUUAUUAUCGACCCUUAGACUCCAGAGACUAAAAGUGCUGAGCGUAAUCUCGAUGGAGGCUGUAGAAUCGUGUGUGCGUGUAUCGGACAAAGUAGAACGUAUCCACCUCUAUAGGAUACAUAUGAUAAAUGUUUUCUUUAUAUUAAAUGGUUUAUGAUUAAUUGCUUAAAGUAUAUAUUAAAAAUCCCACUAAUUUUGUAA